AUGGAGCAGUUCAACUAUUCCAGAGUCUCUGAAUUUGUGUUACUUGGACUUACUGAUUCUCCUGUGCUCCAGAUUUUCUUCUUUGUGAUGUUUUCCAUUUUUUAUUUAAUGACCAUGCUGGGCAACUGCCUGAUUUUGCUCACGGUCUUGUCUACCCCACAACUUCACUCCCCCAUGUAUUUCCUGCUAAGCAAUCUCUCUCUCAUUGACAUGUGCUUGUCCUCCUUUGCCACUCCAAAGAUGAUCACAGACUUCUUCACUCAGCGCAAGACCAUCUCCUUUGAAGGCUGCAUUUCUCAGAUCUUCUUAUUGCACCUCUUUACUGGGACUGAGAUUGUGCUGCUGAUCUCUAUGUCUUUUGACAGGUACAUUGCCAUAUGCAAACCUCUCCGUUAUUCAACAAUUAUAAGCCACAGAGUAUGUGUUGGGCUUGUGGUAACUUCUUGGACAGUGGGCUUCCUGCAUACAAUGAGCCAGUUAGCUUUUACUCUCUAUUUACCCUUCUGUGGUCCCAAUGUUAUAGACAGUUUCUUCUGCGACCUUCCUUUGGUCAUCCAGCUGGCUUGUAUAGAUGUGUAUGUUCUUGGAAUCUUUAUGAUCUCCAGCAGUGGUGUGAUUGCUCUUAUAAGUUUUCUACUUUUGCUUUCCUCCUACAUCAUUGUUCUUGUUACUAUAAAGGAUCACUCUUCCACAGGAUCAUCUAAGGCUUUUUCUACCUGCACUGCACAUUUCAUUGUUGUGUUACUGUUCUUUGGACCCUGCAUCUUCAUCUAUGUGUGGCCUUUCACAAACUUCCUGGUGGACAAAGUUCUCUCUGUUUUCUAUACCAUCUUCACUCCCUUUUUGAAUCCACUUAUCUAUACUUUGAGAAAUCAGGAAGUGAAAACAGCUGUGAUGAAGAAACUAAGUAACCGAUAUUUAAAUCUUAGGAUGACCACAUUAAGAUAUCCAGUGCAAUGA